AAGGGGCUCAUCGAUAGAACGAAGCUACGUAUGUAUACACACCGCCACAUAGUAUUUUUCAGCCAGCAUUGACCGAGCCAAGGCUCAAUCAGGGGCAUCUCCGUAAAUUGCAAUCCCUGCCAACCAUGACUUUUCUGUCUACCUAGCUUCCUUUUCACCCGGGCCAUCCAUCAAUAUAAGCACAUCCAGGCUCCACCGAUGCAGCAACCAACACUCAGGCAAAUACGUACAGACACAUAGAUCAAACAAAGUGAAACCCCAAUGGCCUCCAGUUUGCUGAUAAUCAUACUCCCGGGUGCCACUAUAGCUCUUGGCGCUACUGCUUUUUGCUUCUACUCUUGGUGCCUAUCAAUCGGAAAGAAACUUGAGAAAGGCAAGGUCGAAGCUUCUAUUGAUCUGGAAGACCCGGUAAGCCAUCAGUUAAUCUCUCAUGUCGAUCUUGUCCGCGCCACAGAUAAUUUUAGUGAAGAUCACAUGUUGGGAUCUGGGGGCUUUGGAAAAGUUUUUAAGGACCAACUGAGCAGCGGUUUGGUGGUUGCAAUAAAGGUUCUCGAUAUGCGGUCCAAGCACAGCGUUAAGAGCUUUGAAGCGGAAUGUCGUGUGUUCCGCAUGGCGCGUCACCGCAACCUGAUACGGGUAAUUAACACAUGCUAUAACAUGGACUUCAUAGCACUGGUGUUGCAGUACAUGCCCAACGGCAGCUUAGACAUGCUACUUCACCACUCAGAAGAUGGGGCAAGACAAUUCGGGUUUCGUGAGAGGUUAGGCGCUAUGCUUGACGUAUCGAUGGCAAUGGAGUAUCUGCACCAUGGAUACCAUGAAGUGGUUUUGCAUUGUGACUUGAAGCCUAGCAAUGUAUUGUUUGAUGAGGACAUGACUGCACAUGUGGCGGACUUUGGCAUUGCAAGGUUACUACAAUGUGAGGAUAGCUCAACGAUCUCUUCAAACAUGCCUGGUACAAUUGGAUACAUGUCACCAGAGUAUGGGUCAUAUGGAAAAGCAUCACGACUGAGUGAUGUGUUUAGCUACGGAAUAAUGCUCCUUGAAGUUUUUACUGGAAGGAAGCCUACAGAUGCUAUGUUCGUCGGAGAACUAAGCCUUAGGCGAUGGGUUUACCAGUCAUUUCCCGCAGAGCUGACCCAUGUCGUUGAUGCCCGGCUACUGCAAGGCUCCUCCUCAAGUUGCAACUUGCACGCUUCGUCGUUGUAGUGCCGGCGGCGCCACCCUCCGCGCACCACGAGGACACCUCCUUGUAGUCCAGCUCACAUCACGAACCUUCCGCAAGACCGAAGAUUGCUGCAUCACAGUGCCAAUGAUCCUUCAGCCAUCUCGUUUGCAGCGCCGCAACAGUCGACAAGGUGCUGCAUCGCCCUCGGCUUGCAGCGCCGGCAACAGUCGGCGAGCUGCUGCAUCACCGGCUUGCAGCGUCGGCAACAAUCAACGAACAAAAACAUCGCCUUGGUGAGCUCCGACGUGCGGGGCGGCAAAGGGCAGGCAACGGCAACUCCUCACGGGAAGGAAGAUUUGGCAGAGGGGGUCGAAUUCGAGGGUGAAUAGGAAGGCCGGGCUACUGGAGGGUUUUCUGGUUGAAGUAGGCGGCGGUGGUGGUGCUCAUCGUGGGGUCCUCUCCUCUGCUUGCGCGCGGUGGAGAAGACGAAAGGGGGGGGGGGAGAAACGUGUGGAAGAGAUGGCUCUACAAAUAGAUAUAAGGUGGGGAGCUGUGGGCCGACCCCACAGGCGCAUAUGGCACGCAGUGGAGACUGCUCGACGAGAGUAAAGAUCAUCCUGUUGUCAUUAAGAGUUUUGCAAUAUUUUAGGCAUAGACCUUGACGCAUGGUUUGAUAGAGGAUGUAGGCGCAAGGGGGUUCAUCAACAUGUUUUCGUUCAAAUAUUUCUUAGGGAGUGCCUAGAACUCAUCUAGAUGAGUUAUAGUUUGGUAUCAUUCACCUUACCUCAGCUGUCUUGGCCCUAUUUUGGUUGUUUCCCAAACUAGGUUCUCGUAAUUCUCCCCAUUAGCCCAUUUAAGUUUUUUUAAACUAGACUAUUUAAGUUUUAUUAUGUGUUGUC